UAUAAUUAAUGAACACAAUGGAGAAGGCCAGUUUGCGCAGCAGCAACAUGAAGCAAAUGCAUCAUUUCAAGUUCAAGACUCCAUCUUUCGACUUGGGCAGCAAUCGCAGCAGCCCAAAUUUCGUAGACGGAGAUAUGGUGGCAUGGCCGCCGAGAAGCUAUGUGUGCACCUUCUGCAAGAGGGAAUUCCGAUGCGCUCAAGCUCUCGGUGGCCACAUGAAUGUUCACCGGAGGGACCGGGCGAGGCUGCGCCAGUCGCCGCCGAGAGGUAAUUACGCUCCCUUAAACCUAAAUCUUGAACCAAACCCUAGUUUCCACUCAAACCCUAAUUCUAGCCCAUCUUCUUCUCCACCGGCGUCCAUGAAAUUUCCUCAUUUUACUCCCAAAUUGGCCCCACCUACACCCAUUACGACUGAUUUUAUGAAGGUGAGAGCGGCAAAAGGGCUUCUCGACUUGGAGAUUGGCUUGAUUUGUUCGUCUAAUGAUAAGGAGGAACUUGAUUUGGAACUUCGUCUUGGAUAUACUUAGCUUUGAGUUUAAGCACUUUAUCUACAUCUUGAGAAA